UAGAGGGGAGGGGUCAGGGAAGGAAAUAAUAUCUUGGAAGUUAAGCAGUGAUACAGUCAAUGAAUAUUCGUUACGAUUAGUAUUUGUCAACCUUUUAGUUUUAAAGAUGCCAGCUUAUCAUUCUCAGUUCACCAAUCCUCCUCAACUUGUUGGAAAUAUGGCAUUAUUGCCCCUCAAAACACAGUGUCGUGGACCAGCUCCCAAAGAAAGUGGUGAUAUGGACAUCAUUGAUGAGGUUUUAUACUUCUUUAAGGCCAGUUUUUUUCGAACUUAUGAAAUUAAGAAUGAAGCAGACAGAGUGUUGAUCUAUUUAACCCUAUAUGUAACAGAUUGCCUGAAGAAGCUGCAGAAGUGUUCUAAUAAGAAUCAAGGUCUACAAGAAAUGUACAGUCUUGCCAUCUCCAAGUUCGACAUUCCCGGAGAACCAGGGUUUCCAUUAAAUGCCGUGUAUGCUAAACCAUCUUCACCACAAGAAGCAGAUACAAUGCGUCAAUAUAUACUACAACUACGUCAGGAAUGUGGACUUCGAUUAUGUGAUAAGGUAUUUUCGUCAGAAAAUGGAAAACCCACAAAGUGGUGGCUAUGUUUCUCCAGAAGAAAGUUCAUGGAUAAAAGUUUGUCUGCACCUGGUCAGUGAAGACUAGAAUGAAGAACAAUAAAACAGAAAACAUAAGUUUACUUCAAAGUUAUAAAUAAUAAAAUUAAUUAAAUUCAGUUCCCAACAGUGAAGUUUCCAGAGAAAAACCAUUACUGCUUUCCUUUAAAAGUGAUUAAGUUACCUUCUACUUCUUCAUCAAGUGUUUCUAAGAAUUUUUCAAUCACAGUUGUAUUUGUUGAUUAGGCUUAAACAUACAUUGAACAAUUUAUUCGUCUCUUUGAUUUGCCACAUUUGGUAAGUGUAUGACUGAACAGCCUUUUCAACUAUAUUAAAAAAUAAUAAUGCUGAAAAUA